GCCGUGCUCACUGCGCAUGUCCGCGGCGCGUCCCCGUCCCCCUCCCCCCCCCCCCCCCCCCCGGUCGCAACGGGCCGAGCAGCGACCGCGACGGACGGACGGAGCGGCCUAGACCGCGCAACUGAGGCGUGGCGUCCGGUGUGGGCGCCGGUAGCGGCGACGCUGCGACAGAUCAGCUACUGAAUCAUGAAUUGGAAUAAGGGUGGCCCUGGCACUAAGAGGGGCUUUGGCUUUGGAGGCUUUGCCAUCAGCGCUGGGAAGAAGGAGGAACCGAAACUCCCGCAGCAGUCCCACAGUGCCUUUGGGGCAAGCAGCUCUUCCUCUGGAUUUGGGAAGUCAGCUCCACCUCAGCUUCCUUCUUUCUACAAAAUCGGGUCUAAACGGGCCAACUUUGAUGAAGAAAAUGCAUAUUUUGAAGAUGAGGAGGAAGACUCCAGCAAUGUUGAUUUACCGUACAUUCCUGCUGAAAACUCACCUACCCGCCAACAGUUCCAUUCCAAGCCAGUAGAUUCUGACAGCGAUGACGACCCUCUGGAGGCAUUCAUGGCUGAAGUGGAGGAUCAGGCUGCGAGAGACAUGAAGAGACUUGAAGACAAGGACAAAGAAAGAAAAAACGUAAAGGGUAUUCGAGAUGACAUUGAAGAGGAAGAUGACCAAGAAGCUUAUUUUCGGUACAUGGCAGAAAACCCAACAGCUGGCGUGGUUCAAGAGGAGGAAGAAGAUAAUCUGGAAUAUGAUAGUGACGGAAAUCCAAUUGCACCUUCCAAAAAAAUCAUUGAUCCUCUUCCUCCCAUUGAUCAUUCAGAGAUUGACUACCCACCAUUUGAAAAAAAUUUUUACAAUGAACAUGAAGAGAUAACGAACCUCACCCCACAGCAGCUAAUAGAUCUUCGGCAUAAGCUCAGUCUUCGGGUUUCUGGUGCUGCACCUCCUAGACCAGGAAGUAGCUUUGCUCACUUUGGGUUUGAUGAACAACUCAUGCACCAGAUUCGGAAAUCUGAAUACACGCAGCCCACUCCAAUACAGUGCCAGGGUGUGCCUGUGGCAUUAAGUGGUAGAGAUAUGAUUGGCAUUGCCAAAACAGGCAGUGGGAAAACCGCAGCCUUUAUCUGGCCCAUGCUGAUUCAUAUAAUGGACCAGAAGGAAUUGGAACCAGGUGAUGGACCAAUUGCAGUGAUUGUGUGCCCUACUAGAGAACUGUGCCAGCAGAUCCAUGCAGAGUGUAAGCGGUUCGGGAAGGCAUAUAAUCUCCGAUCAGUGGCUGUGUAUGGAGGAGGAAGCAUGUGGGAGCAAGCCAAGGCCCUUCAGGAAGGGGCAGAGAUUGUUGUGUGUACCCCAGGUCGACUAAUUGAUCAUGUGAAGAAGAAAGCUACCAAUCUUCAAAGAGUCUCUUACCUUGUGUUUGAUGAAGCAGACCGAAUGUUUGAUAUGGGAUUUGAGUACCAGGUGCGAUCCAUAGCAAGUCACGUGCGCCCCGACAGGCAGACUCUCUUAUUUAGUGCAACUUUUCGGAAAAAGAUUGAGAAAUUGGCUCGAGACAUCCUGAUUGACCCUAUUCGAGUGGUCCAGGGAGACAUUGGAGAGGCCAAUGAAGAUGUGACGCAAAUCGUAGAGAUUCUCCACUCUGGACCUAAUAAAUGGAACUGGCUCACCCGACGUCUGGUGGAGUUUACAUCUGCAGGGAGUGUUCUCCUGUUUGUUACUAGAAAAGCCAAUGCUGAAGAGCUGGCCAACAACCUGAAGCAGGAGGGCCAUGAUCUUGGUUUGCUCCACGGAGACAUGGAUCAGAGUGAAAGAAACAAAGUCAUUUCAGACUUUAAGAAAAAGGACAUCCCAGUGUUGGUGGCCACAGAUGUCGCAGCCCGUGGUCUGGACAUUCCUUCCAUUAAGACUGUCAUUAACUACGAUGUGGCCCGAGAUAUUGAUACUCAUACCCAUAGAAUUGGUCGCACAGGACGAGCAGGGGAGAAGGGGGUGGCCUACACCUUAUUGACCCCCAAGGAUAGCAAUUUUGCUGGUGAUCUUGUCCGGAACUUAGAAGGAGCCAAUCAACACGUGUCCAAGGAACUUCUAGAUCUAGCAAUGCAGAAUGCCUGGUUUCGGAAGUCCCGCUUCAAAGGAGGGAAGGGCAAAAAGCUGAACAUUGGUGGAGGAGGCCUAGGCUACAGAGAGCGGCCUGGCCUAGGCUCUGAGAACACGGACCGAGGGAAUAACAACAACGUGAUGAGCAAUUAUGAGGCCUACAAGCCAUCCACAGGAGCCAUGGGGGACCGGCUGACAGCAAUGAAAGCGGCUUUCCAGUCGCAAUACAAGAGUCACUUUGUUGCUGCCAGCUUAAGCAAUCAGAAGGCUGGGAGCUCUGCUGCUGGGGCAAGCGGCUGGACUAGUGCAGGGAGCUUGAAUUCUGUUCCAACCAAUUCCGCCCAGCAGGGCCACAACAGCCCUGACAGCCCUGUUGCCAGUGCCACCAAAAGCACCCCAGGCUUUGGCAAUACUGGGAACCUCAGCAGUGCCCCAGUGACCUACCCUUCUGCCGGUGCCCAGGGUGUCAACACACCAUCGGGGAAUAACAGCCGAGAAGGGACUGGGGGUGGCAAUGGGAAACGAGAGAGAUACACUGAGAACCGGGGUGGGAGCCGGCACAGUCAUGGAGAGAGUGGCAAUCGGCAUGGUGACAGCUCACGUCAUGGAGACAGUGGUCGCCACGGAGAAGGAUACCGCUACCCAGAAAGCAGCCGUCAUGCUGAUGGCCACCGGCAUGGGGAGAACCGGCACGGAGGAGGAGGCGGAGGAGGAGGAGGAGGAGGAGGAGGAGGAGGAGGAGGAGGACGGCAUGGGGAGAGCCGAGGUGCAAAUGACGGCCGGAACGGUGAAAGCAGGAAAGAAGGCUGUAGUCGUGAAAUCAGAGUGGACCCCAAGGUUGACAGCAGCAAAAUGGACAGCAGCAAGACAGACAAGGUGGACAGUAAGACAGACAAGGUGGACAGUAAGACAGACAAGGUGGACAGCAAGACAGAUAAGACAGAAGAUGGUUUUGCUGUCCCUGAACCACCCAAGCGCAAGAAAAGUCGCUGGGACAGUUAGAGGGCAUGUGGUGAAUUGUGGAAUCAGUUGUCCUUAAUUUUAUUUUUAGAAAGAAUUUUGCAAACUAGGUGUCUCAGGGCUGGGUUGGGGCCCAAGGUAUAAGGACCCCCUGCCCUUAGUGGAUAGCCGAGGCUUGGAGACAUUACCCCUUCAUCUGGAUCAUUUUUGGGACAUUUCUUGAGAAGCUGCUUGGAAGCAGAAAGAUCUUGAGCUGUGUGAGUUCCCAUGAGGGUUAACUGAGGCCACCUUGGGAGAAAGGGCCUAGUGGGGCACAAAACUCUCUUGGUUUAUAUUAUAUGUAGCACAUAUUUUUACUAAAGUAUCAGAAACAUCUACAAAGAAACUGUUUCUUAGCUGUGUGUGGCUCCUGCACCCCCACUCUGUUGAGGUGCUAUAUGGAUACUUGGAGAGCAUGUUAUGCUUCCAGACAUCAGCAGAAGGAAUAGUGUACGUGGAGUUGAUAGCCAAGAAAGGCAAGAAAAAGCCUACCAGACCCAGUGCCCUACGCUUAACAGAGCAGGUGCCCUGGAAACUGGUCAGGAUGCUUCAGUUCUGAAGUCUCGCUACCUUUAAAAACAAAACCGACAACAGCUUUUAAAGUGUCUUCUCCUAUUCCCUUUUUUUUUUUUUCUUGCCACAAUGGUAGGAAAAUCUUGUGGAAUAAACUGAUGACUUCUGUUCUAUCUUGUUAAAAUAUACAUGCUUUGAGUUUUGUGCCUUUGUGAAGGUUUCUUUGGGAUGUGCAUUCCUUUCUGCUUGCUUGAGUAAAUGUUUUACUACUGGGA